AUGGUAAAAUACCUUUAUGAGAUCACUGCUGUUAAGUCAUUCGACAAUAACCAUCGCCUCGAAUUGCUUGUCAAUGUGAUAAGCAAUGGUUUUUAUGAUGUUGCGCUUGAAUUGGUGGAGAAAUAUGACGGUUUAGCAAUUGCUAGUGAUGCAGAAGUUGACUUAAUGAAACUUGUAAUUUCAAGUCGCUUCAUAUUCCUCAAAAAGAAGCUGGACCCAAAAGCAACCAAACUGAUCAAACGCCUCUGGGAACAGAUCAUAGUUUUGAAGGAUUCAGACAUUUCACGAUUGAUUGGAAUGCCAAUAGAUCGUAAUCUAAUAUUUGUUGCCGCAGAACAAGGGAACAUUGAAUUUCUAACCAUUCUUAUUCGAGAAUAUCCUGAUUUGGUAUUUAAAGUGGAUGACAAUGGAUAUACAAUCUUUCAUUAUGCUGUAAAAUAUCGCCACAACAACAUCUUCAAACUUAUACAUAAGAUUAGUUCAUUUAAAGAUUUAAUAGUUCCAUUCACAGAUAAUGAAGGGAAUAAUAUCUUGCAUUUUGCUAGAAUUCUGGCACCACCAGAUCGGCUCAGUAUUGUAUCAGAAGCAGCUCUUCAACUGCAGCGAGAGUUGUUAUGGUUUGAGCAUGAGAAGUUAAAAAAGGAGGAAGAGAAAUGGAUGAAGGGCACUGCAAAUUCAUGCAUGAUUGUGGCAACACUUAUUCCUACUGUAGCUUUUGCUGCUGCUUUCACUACACCAGGUGGCACCAAACAAGACACUGGGACACCUAAUUUCCUUUUAAAAGAUUCAUUCACUGUUUUUGACAUAGUAGAUGGAGCAUCGCUGGUAUUAUCCUCUUGCUCCGUUUUAACCUUGUUAUCCAUUCUGACUGCGCGCUAUGGGGAAAAAGAUUUCUUUUGGUGGUUGCCUACGAUGUUGCUUAUAGGACUUCGAACAUUUUUCUUAUCAGUAGUAGCAAUGAUGGUAGUGUUUUGUACAACGUUUUUCAUUGUCUUCGAUGACCCAAAGAGGUGGUGUGCUUAUCUUGUUACCGGCAUUGCUUCAGGUCCAGCCAUCUUUUACAUAAUUCUACAAUCUCGUCUCAUUUGUGAUAUUGUGAGUUCGACCUAUCGCAGAUGUGCUCUCUUCAAGCCGCGUAAACAUAAUUUUUCCUUCAAAGAAGAGAAAGCUACGGAACCUAAGAAGGAGAAGUUACUCAGUGUAAUUAAAAAGUUUAGAUGGUAA